AUGGCCGCAAAGAAGCAGGAACAGAUUGAAGAGCUCAUUACCAAAAAGCGUACGCUCGAGCACACCAUCGACAAGCUCCGCCAGGCCCUCACCGAGGAACAAAGCCGCGGGUCCGACGCCGUGGCCAGUAUGCAGAAGCAGUUUCAGCAGGAGCGAGCUGAGUGGAUCAGCGGCUGCGAUGCGAUACAGGCGAUUCAUCGUAUGGCGCACGCGCGGACUGUGAUCGAGCUGGAUCGCGAGCACUUCGCGGCUCUCAAAGAGCGAGAGGCGAUCCGCCUCGAGAAACUCGCCCGUCUGCAGCGCGACUACCGGCUCAUCGGCUUUCAGCGUCGGGAAUUUGACCUUGAGAGGCGCGUGCUGGACCUGGAGCGGGAGUUGGAGGAGCGGCAGAGGACGCAUGAAGAGGAGACGCUGGAAUUGAGCGAGGAGCUGGAAGAGCGAUGCGCUACUCUUUCUGCUCAGUUGGAGGAUACGGUGAAGGAGUUGGCUGCGACAACCAAGGGAAAGGACGCCACUGAGGAUGCAUUAUCGAAACUACGGAUCGAACACAACGCUCUUGUUGCCUCUACGAGCAGUUCCGCGACUAAUCUCGAACGCACAAGUCUGCAUUUGGAUGGACUCAAAUCUUCCUACGCCGAGCUGGAGGCCAAGCACGCUGAGGGUGAACGGACCAUAGCUGACCUCCGACGGCAGCUGGAGAAGUGGCGCACACUCGAAAGCCGUGAGGGGGCCGAGAUGGACACCCUACGACGCAGCAGGAUCGAACUCGAGGUUCGCGUCAAGGAGCUAGAGACCCGCGUCGAGGAACUAGAGGAAGAAUUGAGAGAGCGAGUUGAGAAUGCGGAGAAACUGAAAGCGAAGAUAGCCAGAUACAAAACAUCUUUCGAACAGUACAGAACCUCGAUGGACGAGUAUCAGAAAGCUAUUGACGAGGCGCGCAGCGAUGCUGACAAGGCAGAGGCAGAAGCAGAGGAAGUUAAUGCACGAUUGGUGCAGGCGGAAGCGCAACUUCAAGCUCUGCGUGUGACCUCCAAUGUGAUGAUGACGGGCAAGGCCUCUCCCGCAGAUUCUGCUUUCGUCCCGCCUUCGAUAUCUGACCAUGAAGGAGAGGACGCUGCUACUGCAGAUGAAAGAGCUCCCCCGUCGCCUUCGCCACCCGCGCCUCCGCGAAAACCCAAGAUUCAACACCAGAGCGUGGCGGCGACGUCUCGGCAGAUCAACGGCUCUGAUGAUGACGAUGUCGUCAUGGUUGAGCCCGACAGCCCACCGAAGACUCAGGAGGUUAAGAGGAAGAGGGGGCGUCCGAGGAAGAAACGACCUGAGGAAGACGAGGUUGAAGUGGUCGCCAAACCCGCUACGGAUCGUAAGGGGAAGCGGAAGGUCAAUGACACGCACGAAUCCGACGACGAGCCGCCUCUGAAGAAGAACAAGGGGAAGACCAAGGACAAAGAUGAGGUUGACGAUGACGACGAAGAACCCCCCAAGGCGAAGGCGAAGGCGAAGAAGCCCGCCGCCUCCGCUACUCUCAACAAAGGCAAGCCGGGACGUAAGGCCAGCGUCUCGAUAGCAGCUCCUGCCCCCGCGGUGGAUGGAGAUGAUGAAGAGCAUGUACCGACGCCGGUCAAGAAGAAACGGAAAAUCAACUUGUUCCCGUCUUCGCAGCCGGUGUCGUUCGAUUGGAACCAACUUCCGCAGGGCGGCGGAGGGCUCGACAUCCCGAAGACGUUGUCACCGGUCAAGGAGACAGAUACAGUUCCCCCGAGAUCUGUGUUCGGCGGCAGAGGAAGUUCGGCCUUUGGCAGCUUCGGUAGUUUGGGUGGCCGGCGCUAA